CACGAGGGAUUUAUCCUUCCACCUCCCUCUGUUUCUGCUCUUAUAAAACCUCUUCAUCGAAGCUUUCAUGGAACCAAAAUUGACGACCUAAAAUCUUAUCAUGUUUAUGAAUCACAAAUAACCACUAGGGGGACUUGAAGUGAGAGGAUCAGAGAAAUCAGACAGAUGUUGUGUUGUUCGUCGGCGUUCCAAAGAGUAGCCUCCUUAAUGUUCAUGGCUCCCAAGUUAAAACCUCAGCGACUCCAUCAAAUUGCAGAGACUGGUGCUGAGCAACUGGUUAAGAAAGCAAGAACGAUGACAACCGAAUCCUCAAUGAAAGAACCAGCUCGAUGCUUUAUGGGUUUUGUUCCUGUCAAGAAAGAUUGAACCUUUGCGUCUAGGGAUUGAGUCUUAUAGGAGGUCGAAGGUUAAAGGAACGAUCUUUCGAUAUGGAAACUUUGAUUCUUCUUCUGCUGCGAUUUGAGUCUUAUAGGUAGAGAUGUAUGAGAAUGAGAAACGAGAGAGAGUGGUGAAGGCAAGUCGUGAUAUCACUAUAAACAGCAAAAAAGUCAUCUUUCAAGUUCACAGACUCAGUAAAGACAGCAAAGAAGAGGUUCUGGAGAAAGCAAGGAAAGAUUUAGAAGCAGUGAGGGAACAACACUUUGCCCGGAUGAUGAAAGAGCUUCAAGGCACUGAUUUUUGGAAGCUCCGGCGAGCUUACUCCCCAAGGGUGCAGGAAUAUGUUGAAGCUGCAAUGUUUUAUAAGUUCUGCAUGUCCGGAACACUCUCUACUCUAGAUGAGAUUAACUCUACGCUUUUACCGCUUAGUGACCCUUCUCUAGAGCCACUGCAGAUCAACAUCCUUGAGUAUAUUCUCGGGCUUGCAGAUUUGACUGGAGAGCUAAUGAGGAUGGCGAUUGGUAGAAUAUCAGAUGGUGAAGUCGAGUUCGCGCAGAGGAUUUGUUAGUUUGUCAGACAGAUUCACAGGGAACUGUUGCUGGUCGUGCCUCAGAUGGAUGAUAGUUAUGACAUGAAGUCAAAGAUGGAAGUGAUGCUUCAAAGUGUGAUCAAAAUUGAGAAUGCUUGCCUUAGUGUUCAUGUGCGUGGAUCAGAGUAUAUUCCACUGCUUGGAGAUGAUGCACCAACGUCCUUCUUCUUGGGAGGUGCUGAUUUUGAAUGAUUAAGAAGUGAGCUCAUUUAUCGUGAGAACUAGGAUCACCUUAGUAUGGAUGCUGCUGAGGAACUUUCAAAGCAGAGGACUCUGAGAUCUAUUUGUUGCAAGACUUUUUGAGUAUGAAUGGCAAAACAAAAUGUAGAAGUUUUUUUCUUUUGUCACAAUCUUUUCUUUAUCGCCAGCCAGUAGCUUACAUUUGGAACUAAAGUCUAUGGAGUCUGAUGAUUGCAUGAGAAAACUAUCAGGGCUGUCAACUAUUCGACGUGGGAUGGUUCAAGAGACUGAGAACUCAAGUGGUGCUAUUGGAGUUAUGCUUUCUGCUGAUGCUGCUAUGGAUUGUGGUUUAAGGAGGAGAAUGUACGAGGAAACAAGUCCAGAAGAGAUGAAUGUGCACAUGAGCAUAAUAAGGGUUCCUUUAUUCUUAGGAGAAAGUGAUGAAAACAUAUUUGAAGAAAUCUGCAAGGUUCUACAAAAGCAAGAAUGCGUCAAGGCAUAGUUAGUGGUAUAUUUUUCGUAGUCUCUUUCUUCGUUCUCUUCGCUUCUUAUGCAGCCAUUUUGUAUGUAGGUUUAAAUAUCCCAUCAACAAUGACUUAAAUUCUGCUCUUUUGUUUUUCUCUGUUCAAAUGUUAACUUUGGCUGGAGAGAGCGGAACCAGGAAACCAACAGUAAUUGAGCUGCAGCGGAAGUUUACAAUCCUGAUGAGUUCAUCACUUUUGAUGGAUUUAAGAUUAAUACCUUCAGCUAGAAUGGCCACCGCAGCAACCCGGUAUGGUGAGCCAAGAAAGCAAGAACCAGCUCUGUUCAGUGAAACUAUCAGAGAAAACAUUGCUUGCGGAAAAAGGAGCAGAUGCUUCUUAAACCAAUGUCGUAUAUGCAACUGAUAUACCUAAUAUUCAUGGCAUCGUUAAUGGAUAACAACAUGUAUUUUAACGGCA